GGUGGAAAUAAGAAAGACAAGCUGGCCCUUUGCGACAGACGCGACUACUUCACAGCAACAGUCUCUACCAACAACCAGCAUGGCUACUGCGUCUGGGAGCACUUGUCAAGAAGGAGAAAGGGGUGAAUGCGACGAUGGAGGAGGCGACGACGACAAUCGCGACUCAGCACAAGAGACUACUUCGGGAAAUGCUUCGCAGAAGAAACCCGUUUGUCUCAUAGUGCUUGGCAUGGCAGGGUCUGGAAAAACAACUUUUGUGCAGCGACUCAAUGCUCAUCUUCACACCAAGAAGUCUCCUCCAUAUGUUAUCAACCUCGACCCUGCGGUGCACGAAGUUCCUUUCCCAGCCAACAUCGAUAUCCGUGACACAGUGAAUUACAAAGAAGUGAUGAAGCAAUAUGGCCUAGGUCCUAAUGGAGGAAUCGUCACCUCGUUGAAUCUCUUUGCUACGAGGUUUGAUCAGGUCAUGAAAUUCAUUGAGAAGAAACAGUACAAUCACCAAUAUGUGUUGAUUGACACUCCUGGACAGAUAGAAGUGUUCACCUGGUCAGCGUCUGGAACCAUCAUCACUGAAACUCUGGCCUCUUCCUUCCCCUGUGUGGUGGUCUACGUGAUGGACACGUCUCGCAGCGUCAACCCAGUCACCUUCAUGUCCAACAUGCUCUACGCCUGCAGCAUCCUGUACAAGACAAAGCUGCCCUUCAUUGUCAUCAUGAACAAGACAGACAUAAUCGACCACAGCUUUGCGGUGGAGUGGAUGCAGGACUUUGAGGUGUUCCAGGACGCUCUGAACCAGGAGACGUCCUACGUCAGCAACCUGACGCGCUCCAUGAGCCUUGUGCUGGACGAGUUCUACUCCAACUUACGGGUUGUGGGUGUGUCUGCAGUCACAGGCAGCGGAUUGGACGAGUUCUUUGUUCAGGUGGCAGAGGCCACAAAGGAGUACGAGACGGAUUAUCGUCCUGAAUAUGAAAGACUUCAUAAAGAACUGGCUGAUGCUCAGAGCAGGAAGCAGCAGGAGCAGAUGGAGCAUUUACGGAAGGACAUGGGAGCUGUUGCCAUGGAGACGACCUCACGGACAGAGGAAGCUGAUGUGGCGGGCCGAAGUGAUCUCAUCUUCAACCGUGGUAACCCUGAUGAGGAUGAGGAAGAGGAGGGGGAGGACAGCGAUACAGAUGACAUAGAUCACAACGUAACUGAGGAGAGCAAGGAGGGCACAGCCUUCGGGAACUUCCUGAAGGAGAGGAAAGAAGUGGUGCAGGUACGAAAUAGGAAGUCUCAAUGAUGUCUGGAGGACCCUGUAAGGAUGCCACUUUAGAUUACUAAGAUACACCUAGGUGUGGUGGCUACUGGGACCUCUAUCCCCACCUGCAUGCCUACUGGUCCCCUCUUCACAAGUGCUGAACUUCAUUGGACUGAAGCAGUGUUGCAGUUCAACUCGGACUUAAAUUAAUAUUCUUCCUUGUGAAUGCAAGUGUUAUGUAGGUUUUUUUGUUUGAUCUUACUAACUGCAACUUAUCAAGUUAAGGACAAUAUUUUUGCAUACGGGUUGGGAAAAGUGAACCACUUGUUUCGUAUUUCUUUGUCAGAAGCUCGAGACUCAUUUUUGUUUAUAAGGGAGGGUUAUUGAGGUAAUGGCUGAUGGAAUAAUGUACUUGUAUCCUAUUAUUUUUAUCCUAAGUUGUUUUAUUGCAUAUUGUAUGUUCAUUCUAUGAAGCUUUUUCUUCAGUGGAAGAACACACACCUGUAAGUCAUUCCUAUCUGGGUAAUGCUCUUUAACAGUCACAUAGUCCUUGAAGUGUAUAUUUUUGUAACAGUUUUGUUUUCUGUUUUAGUGCAAAUGUGCUCAUGUUAAAGUCCUGUAGUGUUGUUUGUCUUGAUAAUUUUAAAAGCUAAAUAAAUAGGUUAUGAAUGUG